ACUGACAUGUAAACGUCUUGAUCACUGUCAUACUUGUCUUCCAUUCCUCGCAGAAUGAGUAGAAGAUUACGACUCGAGGAAGAGAGGGCGAAAGCUGUAAAAGAAGAAGAAAUCUUCGAAGAUCCUCUUAAGAUUCAGCUGAAACGUAUAUUCUCGCCGCUCGUGUGGAAGGAAACGUCGUACGGCAUCCGAAUUCAAGAUCUAAAGGAGGAUCAACACGAGGAGGUCGUAAAUAUGUUUAAGGAUCACUUUUUGGAGAAUGACGUUUUGUGUAAAAACACCGAGCUCCUAAACGACGAGGAAUCUUUGGCUUGUUAUUUGAGACGCAUCCGUUUUCAAAUUCGUGACAGCUCAUCCAUCAUCGCUGUAGAUCUAAAUUAUGUCCACGACGACGAGGAUUUACAAGAUGAAUCGGAAGCGAAGUUAAAAAUCGUCGGAGUUCUAAUCUUGAAGGUUAUGAGAAAGAAUGAGUUUAACCGCGUAUUUAGCCAAGUGCAACUGAUUGAAGGCGAAGCUAUGAAGAAGUGCGUCGCGUUUAGGUCGCAUAUAAAUCGAAGGGUUGACAUCCACGAGAAGUGUAACUGCGACGUUUACCUACGCUAUUACGAGCUUUGCGUUUUACCACAGUAUCGACACCAGUCACUAGGAUACCUACUAAUGAUGUGCGGAGUAAGGGUGGCAAGAUCGUAUAAUAUUCCCGUUGUUGCCGGAUUGUUUCCGACAUUAUCGAUGCAAACUGUCGCAAAAAGGUUAGGAAUGGAGACUAUCUACGAAGUUAGCUACUGCGCUUGGAGAGAUCGCGAAGGGGAAUUAAUUUUCGACGACCCCGGUGCCGGAAACUAUACGUGUGCAGUAAUGGCAGGACCGGUACCACCACCUCCUUCCCUUGGAAUCGUACCAUCCGACUCACAAAUGAAAUUAACUAGACCUAAAACUAGAGCAGAAAAACAGAUGCUUCGAGCAAAGGCGAAAAACUAGUCAUAGUCGGGUUUCCUAAAUUCCUUGUUUAAUUUCCUCCAAAACUGUAGGCGUUUCAUGAGCAGAUUGGUGCCCAUGUGGCUACUUUGGCCUAUAAAAUAAAAUUCUAGUCUAUCCGU